AGAACCAGGACGACGAGCAAUGACAUGAAAUGCAAGUCGUGGUGGAAAAAUAUGGAUACGUAUAUUUCCAGACAAACUAGUUACACUAAGACCCACAGAAACACGUAUGGGUUCAGGAAAAGGAUCCCAUGAAUAUUGGGUAGCUGUUGUUAAACCGGGGAAAAUACUUUAUGAAAUGGGUGGAGUAACAGAAAAUAUAGCCAGAAGGUCUAUUUCACUAGAAGCAUCCAAAAUGCCUAUACGAACUCAAUUCAUUAUUUCGUAAUGUAAUAGACAAAAAUGUAGAAAGGGCUCUUAGAUAUGAAACAAAACCACAUGUUUCUUUUUUCUUGGACAAAAAUAUUUCUUUUUUUUUCUUUGCCCUUUGCAUUCAAAUAACGAAUUAAAAAAAUGAUUCAACCUCAGACCCAUUUAAAUGUAGCAGAUAAUAGUGAGGCUCGAGAAUUGAUGUGUAUUCGAAUCAUAGGAGCUAGCAAUCGUCGAUAUGCUCAUAUUGGUGACGUUAUUGUUGUUGUGAUCAAAGAAGCAGUACCAAAUAUGCCCCUAGAAAGAUCAGAAGCAGUCAGGGCUGUAAUUAGGCGUACCUAUAAAGAACUCAAAUGUGACAACGGGAUAAUAAUACGAUAUGAUGACAAUGCUGCGGUUGUUAUUGAUCAAGAAGGAAAUCCAAAAGGAACUCGAAUUUUUGGUGCAAUCGCCUGAGAAUUGAGAGAAUUA